AGGGAUGGCAGUUGGAAGAUGACAGUUGACCAGAAUUCCUAUCCAUUGGUCAGGGGCAAAUACCAAGGACUCUGUAUGCUCAGUCACUCUGUGCGACUUCAUCAAGUCGGAGCCAAAGAAAUCUUGAAAGAUGGGAAUUCUAGCAAGAGUUGCCCUGGGACUUAUCAUCAUUGAUGCUGUAUUGGCUGCACCAACUACAGAGCUCUUUAACUAUGACUCAGAAGUGUAUGAUGCCAUCUUGGAGGACACAGGGACCUUUUAUAACUAUGAACACAUUCCUGACAACCAUGUAGAGACUGAGAAAGUGUCUGAGAGGCUUUCUGGGAACAGAGAGCUCCUGACCCCAGGCCCACAGCUAGGGGACAACCAGGAUGAAGACAAGGAUGAAGAAUCUACUCCCAGGCUGAUCGAUGGUUCUUCCCCACAGGAGCCAGAAUUCCCGGGGCUUCUGGGUCCACACACCAACGAAGACUUUCCAACUUGUCUUCUGUGUACUUGUAUAAGUACUACUGUAUACUGUGAUGACCAUGAGCUGGACGCCAUUCCUCCACUGCCCAAGAAGACUACAUAUUUCUAUUCACGUUUUAACAGAAUUAAAAAGAUCAACAAAAAUGACUUUGCAAGCUUAAAUGAUUUAAAAAGGAUCGAUCUGACAUCAAAUUUAAUAUCAGAGAUUGAUGAAGAUGCAUUCCGAAAGCUGCCUCGCCUCCAAGAGCUGGUUCUGCGUGACAAUAAGAUAAAGCAGCUUCCAGAAUUGCCAAACACUUUGACAUUUAUUGAUAUCAGCAGCAAUAGACUUGGAAGAAAAGGCAUUAAACAAGAAGCUUUUAAAGAUAUGUAUGAUCUCCACCAUCUCUAUAUCACUGAUAACAGCUUGGACCACAUCCCUCUACCACUCCCAGAAAGUCUGCGGGCUCUACACCUCCAGAAUAAUGACAUUCUGGAGAUGCAUGAAGAUACUUUCUGUAAUGUUAAAAAUUUAACCUAUGUUCGUAAGGCAUUAGAGGAUAUUCGACUGGAUGGAAACCCUAUCAACCUCAGCAGAACUCCUCAAGCCUACAUGUGUCUACCUCGUUUGCCCAUUGGAAGUUUUAUCUGAUGUUAGGAUGCUAGGCAAAUAUCAGAGUUGUGAUGUUUUCUGUAGCCAAGAGAAGCAGAUAUCUCUUCAGAAACAAACUCAGUAUAUUUGAGAUGCGUUUAAAAAGGAUAAACAAUAAGCUAAGGGUGUUACGAUAAAAUAAGAGUUCAAUAAUUUAAUUAAGCAUGAUUAGGUAUAAAUUAACAAAAUAUAUAGACAGUAAGUUAAAUGAAUAUGUAUUCCAACUAGUCAUCAAAUCUCAUCGAGAAUUGUAGGUGUUCAUGUCAAGUUAAAUAUGUAAGAAAUAAAAUAUUGGUAAUGAAUACUUUAGAUACAUUGCUAACAUGUAGACAUUUUAAUUAAACUUCUCUAGUCUUUAUUUUCACUCAUGUAUGUUUCCCGCCUGAUUCAGUUAAGAGCAGAAAAAAUAUUAAAUGUGUUUGAAAGAUAAAUGGUCUUGUGAAAAAGUAUUUCUUAUAAUCAUAGUAUGCAAAUAACUGUAUGUAAUAGCAGUACACAUUCCUUCAGUUUCUUAAUGACAUCUAUCAUCUAUAAGAACAUCAACUCAUUUUGCAAACUUGGUUAGUUGACAGCUACCUGUAUUCCUCUACAUACAAAAAAUGAAAUAUGAGAUAUAGAGCAUAUUAAAGAGGCUGUGAUCACUACACUUGGGAAAGCAAAGAAAAAAGUGUAAGGAGAGGGUGUCUUUUGAAAUCUCUUGAAAAAUGAAUAACUGUAAGUAAAUGGUUAAAAACUGACAGAAUACAAAGUUAUGCUUUCAUAUAUAAGACCCCAAGUUCAACACAGUGAUUUACUCUACAACUGUAUUGAAAAACCUUCCUCAGAAACAAAAGUAAAAACAAUUCCUCCUCUCACAGAAAUAUAUAUCUGACAAAUGUGUUACAUAAAACCAUUACAUAUCUAUAUACAUGAUCAUUUAUCUUCAAGUGCAAAAAUACUGAGUAUACUGAAACUUGCUUGUAUAAUUUCCAAACAUUCCCUGGGGACGUUUCCACAUGAGAGCAGCUGCUGGCAUUCUGAAGUCAUUCCAUUCCAUGGAAAUGUGAAUAUGGCCUUUACCAAAAACUGUCAGAAUUCCCAAUGUUUGAGAUUAAAUAACUUCAUAAACUUGAGAGUACCUCUAUGGAUAAUAUCAUAGAAAUAGGAUUCUGAGUAAAAUACCAUUUAAGUUUUU